GGCGCAGUUCCGCCGGGUGCCGCACGCGGCGCCACGCUGCAGAUGCACUCGAACCGUGCAGCGAGAGAGACGCGGCGGUUGGCUGACGGCGGCGCAGUGUGUGUCUGGCAGCACCGGCGUCGGCGGCGGCAGCGGUGGUGAUCGUUCGUCCGUCAAUCAGUCAAUCAGCAGUGCUUCUGGCGUGGGCAGUGUGUCAGUCAGUUUACAAGCGCGCGUCACCGGGAAUAGUGUCCACAGACGUGCUCCGUGCAUUUACGAAGUCGAUUUGACGCGAGGCAGAAGCAAUCGCCGAACACGCGCGAGGGCAGCGAGAUAAAAAGGCGACGAAACGCACAAUUACGUGCUGCUUCGCAAUUUUGGAUCGCGAAACGACCGCAGUAGUCGGCCGAAGACGUGAAGAGGAUGGCGGACACCAAGGACGACUGCGCCGACAACGUGCAAUUCUUCGAGGGUGUCGAGAAGCUCCUCGAGAUCUGGUUCACCAGCACUAAGGGCCUCAAGCAGCACCAGGGCGAUCUGCGACAGAUACCGCGGCAACAAUGGGAGUCGCUGCUGAAGAUAGUCCGUUGCGAGAUCAUUAGCUUUUGUCGGAAUGAUCAAGUGGAAGCCUACGUUCUCAGCGAGAGCAGCAUGUUCGUGUCCAAGCGCAGACUCAUACUGAAGACUUGCGGCACUACCACACCCCUGCAGUGUUUGGAGUCACUUUUGGAGCUCGUCGCGGAGUACACUGGCUUCGACGAUGUUGAGAACGUUUUUUAUUCUCGAAAGAACUACAAGAAACCGGAGCUCCAGAUCUCGCCGCACCAGACUUUCGAGGAGGAAGUCGCUCUGCUGGAUUCUCUCUUCCCCGAUGGCGAGGCGUUCUGCAUGGGUUCACCCGAGACAGACUGUUGGUAUCUGUACACUCUGAUCCGCGACAAGCCGUUGCAGGAUCCGCCGGAGCCAGAUCAGACUCUGGAGAUACUCAUGACCCAGCUGGACCCGGACGUGAUGUCAAUCUUCACCCGGGACGUGUGCACGACCGCCGACAAGGCGACGGAGAAGUCGGGGAUCGACAAGCUGAUACCCAACAUGAUCAUAGAUGACUUCCUGUUCCAACCGUGCGGAUACUCGAUGAACGGCGUGUCCAAGAAUGGCAGCUAUAUGACGAUCCACAUCACGCCGGAGCCGGAGUUCUCGUACGUCUCGUUCGAGUGCAACGUCGCCGAGACAUCGUACGAUGAGAUAAUCCGUCGCGUGCUGAACACCUUCAAGCCGGACAAGUUUGUCGUAACGAUCUUCGCCAAUCAGCAGUCCGCGGCGGCGAACUGUCCGCUCGAGCUCGAGAAGCGAUCCGAUUAUCUGAAUCGUUCGGGCGAUUGGCUGCGCACCGGCGUGCAAUAUUGCCGCUUCCCGAAUUACGAUCUGACUUGCGCCUUUUUCUCGCGUUUUCCGAGCUGAGGGUUCAAGGACGCUUCAUCCG